AUGAGUGAUAUGGAUGAUGAAGAGUUUGAGGAGACGCUUACCGCCUAUGCCGGUCCGAAGCCGAAACCAGUUAAUUUCAAAGCUGGUAAUUUAGAGGUGGAAUGGUCUAAAUUCAAGCAGAAAUUUAGUCUUUAUCUGAUUGGAGCAAACCUGGAGAAUGCCACACCCAAGGUCAAGUUCGCACAGAUGCUUGGCUUUGCGGGGGAUGAUGCCCUUGAAGUGUAUAAUUCUUUCAAGGAAAAGCUUAUAGUAAAAGAAACAAAUGCUCAGGGUGUGGUGACAGAAAUUGAUAACAGACAGGAUUAUGAAAGUGUUGUUAGAGAAUUUGAUCUACUGGCAAGAGACCAGAAAAAUCUAACAACUUGCCGGGAGACAUUUGACAACAGAAAUCAAAAAUCGGGUGAGCCCUUUGCUAAUUGGUUGACUGACUUGAAAAAUUUAAUUCAGCAUUGUGACUAUGAUACCCUUGAGGACAGUCUCCUGAAAGAUAGAAUUAUUCGUGGCACUAAUGACAAAAGGCUGAGUGAAACCCUGAGGGGUAAACCAAAACUAACUCUGGAGGAAGUUAUUGAUGUGUGCAAGGGAGUGGAAGCUUCUCUGAAAAGAGGCGUCAAUGAAACGGUUUCAAUUAAUGUGGAAAUGCUCCAAGCUGAAGCUUUGAGAGGUGGCCAAUUUCGAGGCAAGCGUCGGGGUCGUGGAGGAUUCCGAGGUGGCUCAAAGUUCAAUUCUGGAAGAAUCAGCAAGAAUCAGGGCCAGAGAGGAGGAUUUCGUGGCAGACGCCCUUAUCAACAAAGAGGUGGUGGCCGAGGAAGGAGCCAUACAUCAGCCAACAAAUACCAAUGCAGGAAGUGUGAUCGCUGGCAUCAAGCUGCCCAGUGUCCAGCUUAUGGGAAGCAGUGUACAAAUUGUUCUGGAUGGAAUCACUUUGCCGUUGUGUGCACUCGUGAUCGUGCCAAUAGUGGUGGUGCGAAUAACAGCCAAAAUCCAAACAACAACAAAGGGACAGGAUCAGCUGUUCAAGCCGUGCAGAUUAUGGCACUUACAAAGUUUGACAGUAAUCAAGUGAUUACUAGUGGAGAGAGCAAACAUCCCAGGAAAGAGUAUACAGAAGUAUUAAAGCUAGAUAAUCAGCACUACGUAAAAUUUAAAUUAGAUCCAGGUGCUGAAGUCAAUGUCUUACCAGUUAAAGUGUUCCAAAUUAUUAAUAGAAACUAUAAAGUACGACAGACAAAUGUAAUGUUAAAAGCAUUUGGACAGGUUAUAACAAAAGCAGAAGGCACUGUUAAACUACUGACUGAAACCAAAGCAGGUGCUAUCAUUGUAACAGAAUAUAUAUUAUCCAGUGUGGAUGAUCGACCAAUUUUGGGAAUUGAGGACUGUGAAAGACUUAACCUCAUUAAAAGGAUACAUUCUGUUGAUUCUGGUUCAGGUUUGCCUGAGUCAAAAGAUGAGUUUAUUAAAUUGUAUUCUGAAGUGUUUACAGGUUUAGGACAAUUCAAACAGACUGUGAAAAUACUGAUUGAUCCUUCUGUAAAACCUGGUAUGUGUCCUCCCAGGCGUUACAAUUAUUCCAUCACUGAAAGGUUAAAGCCGAAGCUGAAUGAACUGGAACAAAAUGGAAUCAUAGCCAAAGUGACAGAUGUCAUUCCAAAGUUUGUAAGUAAUUUAUGUAUAAGAGAAAAGCCAAAUGGAGAUUUAAGGUUAUGUUUAGAUCCUGCCAUACUUAAUCAAGCUAUCAUAAGACAAAAGUAUGCUAUUCCGACUGUGGACGAAAUUUCAUGUAAGGUUAAAGAUAAGAAAAUAUUUACUGUUCUAGAUUUAAAGGAUGGCUUCUGGCAUGCUUCCCUGGAUGAAGAGUCCAGUCUCUUGUGUUCAUUUUCAACUCCUUAUGGGAUCUAUAAAUUUCUAAAGAUGCCCUUUGGAAUUUCAAGUGCCCCUGAAGUUUUCCAAUUUCUAAAUGAUCAAACUUUUCAGGGAAUUGAUGUAAUAUUUUAUUUUGAUGACUGUCUAGUUGCAGGUAAAGAUUAUGAGGAACAUGACAAACUGUUAAAGCAAGUAUUAGAAAGAGCUGCCAAAGAAAAUAUAAGGUUCAAUCCAAAUAAAGUUCAGUAUCGUCAGACUGAGAUUAAAUUUCUUGGACAUAUCUGGUCGCAGAACAAGGGAAAGGAGCUCACCAUUGCUGAGAUAGUGAACAUAUUUAUUGGUCUUUUCUGA